AUGCGAACCUUGCUGCUGCUGCAGGCUACUGGAGUGCUCUCCUUCGUAGUUCCUUGGCAGAUCACCCGGGCGGUCUCAUCACUCUUGGGGCCUGAGGCUCUGGCUGCCUAUGCCCUGGGCCAGCUGACCGGGAACCUCACCGGCCGCAGCAUCGUGAACGGCCUUCUCUUGGCCUAUGACACUUUGGGAGCACAGGCCUUCGGGCGUGGAGAGUUCCGUGAAGUCGGCGUGCUGAUGCUGCGCGCAGUGCUCCUGGCGGCCGUGCUCCUGACGCCUGUCGCUGUGGCUUGGAGUUGGGCUGAGAAGUGCUUCCUCAUGCUCGGUCAGGAGCCCUUUGUGGCAUCCUACGCUGCGCGGUACUUGCAGAUUUUCCGCUUCAGCAUAGUCCCUGUGGCGCUGUUUGAGGUGUUCCGCCGCUUUGCCCUAAGCCAGGGCAUCGCCUGGCCAUUCACGGCUGCUACUAUUGCCUCCAACAUCUUCGUGGCCCUAGCGGCCGCACCGAUGCUUAGCCUUUGGGGCUUCGAUGGCAGCGCACUGCUCCAUUUGGGCGCUGUGACCGUGCAGGCUGCAGCAGGUUUGCUGUACCUGGCAAUCCGCAGGCCUGGUGAAGCGACGCAGGCAUUGCCUGGACUUCUUCAGGGAGUCCGUGAUGCCGCGAGAACAGAUGGGCUCUGCGAGUUCCUGAAGCUUGCAGUGCCUGGAGUUCUGUCCAUGACAGAAUGGUGGUUCUGGGAAGUCACUUGCUUCCGCGCUGGUGUCUUUGGUGCACACUCCCUGGCUGCCCACACGGUGGCCUACAUGGCAGUGCCCAUCCUCUUCCAAGUUCCUCGAGGCAUCCAGAUGGGCUUUGUGGCCCGUGCAGGGGCACUUUUGGGCGAAGGUCGAGGAAAGGCCGCCAAGAAGGUGGCCCUCGGAGGGCUGGCUGUGGGAGUUCUGUUUGUGCUCAUGGAUGCAGCGCUCGUUUGGGCAGCGCAAGAGGAGUACAUCGCGCAGAUGGCAGGCUCCUCUAACGAGCUCACCGUCAUCUGCCGGAAGAUUUGGCCGUUCGUCAUCUUCUUCCUCGUCGUGGAUGGGCUCUUCCCCUUGAAUCAAGGAAUUUGCAACAUCCACUCACAUCAGGGGCGAGUUUCUGUCUCCAUGAUUCUCAGCCUCUGGGUCGUGGGUGUGCCGAUCACCAUUUCCAGCGCGGACUUGGUCAGCCUUUGGCAGAUUUUUCCCCUUUGCUACAUCCUGCUGAACGCCUUGUUGGUCAUGUCCUAUGCCUGCUCUGACUGGGAACUAGCCGCCCAGCGAGCUUCACACAAGGCUGAAGUCCCUAUCGGCGCGGACAUGGAGAAGGCGAACAUCUCAAAGUUCGAUUCGCCGAACUCCAAGAAUCUGCAGCCGCAGGUCCUAGGCGUGGAGGAUGUGCAGAACAUCGACAGCUGA